GUAUAGUAAGACAAAAUGCGGGAGUUUUCGCUGUUGGUGAUGGUCGCGUUGGCGGCGAGCGUGUCCUGUGUGGACAACUGGUGGAAGUCGGCUGUGGUGUACCAGAUAUACCCGCGCUCCUUCAUGGACAGUAAUGGAGAUGGCAAAGGAGACUUGACUGGUAUAAAAAAUAAGUUGCCGUAUCUUCAAGACCUUGGCGUCGAUGCGAUCUGGUUAUCCCCUAUAUACAAGUCUCCGAUGUACGACUUCGGUUACGACAUAGCUGAUUACAAGUCCAUAGAUCCUGACUACGGUACUAUGGAUGACUUUGACGCCCUCAUGGCUGAAGCUAAGAAAUUGGGUGUUCGCGUGGUGUUAGAUUACGUACCCAACCACACGAGUAACGAAAGCGAAUGGUUCGUGAACUCCGCUAAAAGGAAUGGAACCUACGCUGAUUACUAUGUAUGGGCUAACGGCAAAACUGACGAAUCAGGCUCUUAUCCGCCGAGUAAUUGGAUCAGUAUAUUCCACAAGAGUGCGUGGGAGUACAAUAAGGACCGAGGACAGUAUUACUUGCAUCAGUUCGUCAUUGGACAGCCCGAUCUCAACUACCGCAGUCAAGCUCUACAGGAAGAAAUGAAGGAGGUGCUUAGAUUCUGGCUACGUAAGGGCGUGUCGGGUUUCCGCGUGGAUGCAGUCAACAUGUUGUAUGAAGUGGACCCGGCCGAUCAUGGCGGCAUAUUCCCUGAUGAACCUCCAUCUAACAAUACCUCGGCCACACCAGACGACUACGAAUAUCUUUUGCAUCCGUUCACAAAAGACUUGAACGAGACAUAUGAAGUUGUGUACGAUUGGAGAGAAGUACUCGAUUCUUUCGCACAAAACGAGACUAAGAUCAUGAUGACUGAGGCCUACACGGACAUAGACCUGAUGAUGCGUUACUAUGGCGACGGCAAACGAGACGGCUCCAUGCCUUUCAACUUCGUGUUUCUUGGAAACAUUACUGGAUCUUCCAACGCGAAUGAUAUGAAGCGUGUCAUUGAUUCAUGGCUGAGUAAAAUGCCUAGUGGAAAAGUUGCCAACUGGGUGAAUGGCAACCACGACCAAAGCCGCAUGGCGACCAGACAUGGCGUCAACAGGGUCGAUGCCAUGAACUUGCUAGCUCUAAUCCUACCCGGAGUCACCAUCACCUAUCAGGGCGAAGAGUUAGGCAUGACCGACGGCUACAUAAGCUGGGUGGACACGAAGGACCCUCAGGCUUGCAACACAGAGGACCCCAUCAACUAUUGGAAGAGUAGCCGCGACGUCGCUCGGACGCCCUUCCACUGGGACUCGUCAACUAACGCUGGGUUCUCAAGCGCUGCCAAGACUUGGCUCCCAGUGGCCAGUAACUACCAGACUGUUAAUGUAGAGGUUCAGAAGGUGACCAACAAGAGUCAUUACCACUUUUACAAAGACGUGGUCGCUCUGAAGCACACGGCAGCGGUCGCGGACGGCACGUUGGGAACACACGCAGUUACCAGUAACGUCUUAGUUGUUACUAGAAUACCUCCGUCUUCGAAGGACCAUACAAUAGUAGCUAUUAUAAACCUGGCUUCAACGUCCACUACCAUCGACCUGUCUAAGAUCGCGGGCGUGCCCGAGAACAUGAAAGUCAUCGCCUCGGGAGUUGAUUGUGCACUCAACAAAGAUGCAACCGUGAAAAGGGACAGUGUUUCCCUGUCGGGCAACUGCGCAUUGGCAUUCGAAAAUGGCGCCGUGAGAUUUGUAGCUCCAUUCUUGUUAUACUGCAUCACAUUGAUCCUCAUCUGGCUACAAUAAUCACAAAAAACAAUUCUCGCCAAACUUUUUGGCGGCCCGUAGCUAAAUUCCGAGCACAAGUACGCGCAUGUAGCCCAUACCAAAAAUUUUGGCGAGCACUAUAGCAAUUUACUCACCCUAAUUUCAUUGUAAUUUGUAACAUUGUUGUAUAUGUAUAACUGAAACUAUAGUUUAUUUUGUUAAAUAUUUUGUAAAUGUUGUAAGAUAUAAAAUUAAAAUUAUGUUGUAAUA